GCCUUGGAGACGGCCGCCGGGCCGCCAUGGCGUCGGCGGUGCGGGCCGGGCCGCGGCUGCGGCGGGCGGUGCGGGCCGGGGAGCUGGCGGCGCUGCCCGCGGGGCUGCGGGGUGAUGUGGAGGCGGCGCUGGAGACGGAAGGGGCGCUGGUGCCUUUCAGCUUGCUGCGGAGGCUGCACGCCGCGCUGCGGGAGGCAGGGUCCCCGCUGCACCUGCACGAGCUGCUGGAAGGCUGCGAGAUCCACCUGCCCGAGGUGCCGGUGCCGCCGCGGAACCCCGAGCUGGUGGCCAGGCUGGAGCGGAUCAAGGCCAAGCUGGCACACGAGGAAUACCAGCGGAUGACCCGCAACAUCACCGGCCAGGAGAUGAAGGGGCCAUUGGCUGAAUUUGGGAGACAAGUGCGCUCCGUGAAGGCCGUUGUCAUCACCAUAUUCAACUUCAUUGUCACCGUGGUGGCCGCCUUCGCCUGCACCUACCUGGGCAGCCAGUAUGUCUUCGCAGAGACGGCAGCGCGUGUCCUGUCAGCCGUCAUUGUGGCCUCGGUGGUGGGCUUGGCCGAGCUGUACAUGAUGGUGCGGACCCUCGAAGGAGACCUCGGGAAACUAUGACCAUGAACUGCAGCCUUCAUGCUGGAGGCUUUUGUCCUCCCCAGGAGCUGAAAUUUGGGACAGGUUUAUCUUCUUCCAUCUGUUUUUACCUGCUCCUGCUACGGGAAGACAGCUGCACUUCUCAGGCUCGUCCUUUGCUUCCUGUUCCCAAAAUGAAUCAUGGGUUGAAAAUCCCACAGCUGCAGAACAGGAGAGGGAACGGCUGUGGAUUCUGACCACCCCAGCAUGGAGAGGGGCGUCAGCUCCCACCAUCCCUGUUCUGUGAAGUUCCUAUCCUUUUAUUCUGGAAAUAAAUAACAUUGUUCAUAACCUUC